UUGCAGUUUUAUGUUGGACAUCCGACAUGGAUUACACGUUGUUGGUGGUAACUCUGCUAACUGCGUCUUCAGCGUUGGACAUUAAACUAAUAGACAAAGGCGACCUAAAAGUGCGACUAGAAGACAAUUUUCACACGGGUCUUAACCUAAUAUUAGUCCGAGGGGGUAACCGCCAGAUAAUAUCCGUAAUAGGCCGCCAUACUGGGGAUGUCAACGAAACGUCCGUAGAUGGGGAUGUGGUUAUUCAGAACAAUAAUGGUACUAGUGUAACAAUCAGUUCUAAGGAAGCGGAUAAUGGCCAUGUCAUCACAUUCAAAUGGAAGGCAUCUAAAAGUCAACGGUUGGAGGAUUGUAUCAAUUUAGGGAGUCACCACUGGUACGGAGGUCCAGAACAGAAACGACAGUACUGGCCUAUAGAACGACUGCUUCUCCAAGAUUAUUCCUACGUCAGCAAAGAGGCUGACAAUUGCGCUGUCGCCGAACCAUACUGGCUUAGCUCUGAUGGGAUCUUCUACUACUUUGACAAGAAAGUUCCACUAUUCGUAGACCAGAAUAACAUUAACAAACAAGCUGCAUGUUUUUACUCACAGAUCAAACCACCAUACUCUGAUAAAAGAGAAGUUAACGAGUUAGUAUAUGCCAUAGGUAUAUUUGAAAAUCCCCGGACAGCACACGAAUAUGCAAUUCAGAGGUAUUUAAAACACCCAAGUGGCAUACCUGAUGAAAGAAUGCUGACAUAUCCAGUUUGGUCAACUUGGGCUCGAUAUAAGAGGGGUAUCAACCACGAAACAGUUAUGAAGUUUGCAAGUGAAAUAAAAGAUAACGGUUUCCCGAAUAGUCAUAUAGAAAUUGACGAUCUGUGGGAAUUAUGCUACGGAUCACAGACUGUGGAUGUAAGGAGAUUUCCCGAUAUGAAGAAUACAGUAGACAACUUGAAGAGUAUGGGAUUUAGAGUGACCAUUUGGACGCAUCCAUUUAUCAAUAAGAAUUGUGAGCCUUGGUAUACGGAAGCUUUGAACAAAGGGUAUCUAGUUUUAUCUGAAUAUGGUUCAGUAGAAACGAGCUGGUGGAAUGACAAUGCCACAAGCACUGCUUAUAUUGACUUUACCAAUCCUGAAGCCCGUGUUUGGUACACGGAGAGGCUGAAGACUCUUCAGACUGAAUAUGGUAUUGACAGCUUCAAGUUUGAUGGCGGGGAAAGUGGCUGGGCACCACAAAUUCCAGUAUUAAAAGGCGACAUCAAUGACCAGCCUGGCGUGAUUACUGCUGACUACGUGCGGACAGUCGCACAGUUCGGUCCCUUGGUAGAAGUCAGGACUGGUUAUAGGACUCAAGACCUACCCGUAUUCAUCCGAAUGAUAGAUAAGGACAGUUAUUGGACAUUUGAAAACGGUCUACCAACGAUCAUCACUACUCUCCUUCAGCUCAAUAUGAACGGAUACCCAUUAGUGUUGCCAGAUAUGAUUGGUGGAAACGGAUAUAAUGAACCUCCAUCAAAGGAACUCUUUAUACGAUGGUUACAAGCGACAACGUUUAUGCCCAGUCUACAGUUCUCUUAUGUACCGUGGGAUUAUGACGAUGAGACCGUACAAAUAAGUCGGAAGUUUGUAAAACUCCAUGAAGAAUUCGCACCGAAGAUCAUAGAAGCGUGUCAGAAAGCAUCGCAAGACGGGUCUCCAGUAAACCCUCCGAUAUGGUGGAUUGAACCUAAUAAUACUGAGACUUACGAUAUUUGGGACCAGUAUUUACUUGGUGAAUCAAUAUUAGUAGCACCUGUAAUAGAACAUGGCGCAAGGCAACGUGACGUAUACCUACCGAAGGGUUCGUGGCAGGCGCAAGGCGAUCCUUCUAAGGUUUUCGAAGGCGGUGAUUGGAUACGAGGAUAUUCGGCACCAUUAGACAUCUUACCAUAUUUUAUUAAGGCUUAAAAUACAUUUAUAUUAUCCUAAGAUUUUUUUUAAUCGCCAGCGCCAUUGCAUUAAAAAUAUAUUUUGAUAUUUAAAUUAUUUUUAGAACUAUUCAGAUAUCUUAUAAAUGUUACUUGAUUGGGGAGUUACCAGUGAAUAAACUGGCGUGCUUAAGAUAUAAUCAGCCCAGAAAAUUUAUAAUAUGAAUUUCGUUUUAUAACCAAAAUAUAAAUAUUUAUCAAAUCUACUAAUAAUGAUACAUAAUAGAAAUUAGUAUUUUUUUUCUUAGAAUAAAUAUAAGGUUAAUCGAAACAAAUUAUAAUACACAAUAAAAAAUUAUUAAGAAUUAUUACGGACAUCUUUAACAAUUCCUUCACCGAGGAUCUUGAAGUCCUCAAUUAUAGCUUCAAUAUUAACUUUGAAUUUCUUGUCACUGCCUUCAAUUGGUACUAGCGCGUGUGCGUUUGUUAUCUGAAAAAGUUAAUUGUCAAAUAUUUCAAUUUAAAAUCAAGGCAUCACAUGUCCAAUGAUAUUAGUAAAUUCAUAAGUAACUAAAUAAAACAUUCUUUGCAUUAUUAUUAUGAGUCAAUAGAAGUUACAUGGAAAUUAAAUUUAUAAACAAAAAUAAUACUGCCUGCGCUCGUACGAUAGCUUUAACAGCGCGGUUGUAUUGAAAACGAUUUGUUUCGUCAUCAUUUGUUUUUUCAAAUAAACAAGUAUACUCUGAUUUUUAAUUCCGUAGAAUUCUGACAGCUAUCAUUUUUGACAUGUCAGAGAUUACAGACCUUUUUGGCCGGGCACAUUUUUCAAUUUUAAUAUGAGUGAACAUCUAAGUCUAUAAAUUUGUUUUAAUAAGUGCGGUCCUCCACAUUAAAGGUGGAUUUACGGCGAGUGAUAAUUACGUUCCUUUUCAUCAGUAAAAACGCACAAGUAAAGAUAACUUUUUAAAGGUUUACAAAACCUCGAAUUAAUAGGCAGUGAUGCCAGCAAAAUAAUAAAAUAAAGUAACUAAAGUUAAUUCGAUAUACUGUUCGUGAUAUAGAAAUAUUUGUUAUUUUGUAUUGGGUCACUUGAGUAAGUAAAUACUAAGAUAUAUUUUUUUGUAGAUAAACUAUAAAAAACUA